GGUGAUGGUGGGGGCGGAGAGCACCCUGAGCCAGUUGGGCAGUGUCUACCUCAUCACUCCUCAGCGCUACCAGCUCAACCCUCGCGCCGUCUACAGGAAUCAGCGAGAAUUUGCGAACAAGUUUGGAACACGAGGCGUCCAUCUCAUCGAGGCGUUGGGCACUGGUUACAACCCCAACCUGCACAGUAACCUCACUCCAGCACCCGACAAGCAGGUGGCCAGAGACCUCCACCAGCGCAGUAACCCCGUUCCUGCACCCGACAAGCAGGUGGCCAGGGACCUCCACCAGCGCAGUAACCCCGUUCCUGCAUCCGACAAGCAGGUGGCCAGGGACCUCCACCAGAGCAGUAACCCCGUUCCUGCAUCCGACAAGCAGGUGGCCAGGGACCUCCACCAGCGCAGUAACCCCGUUCCUGCACCCGACAAGCAGGUGGCCAGGGACCUCCACCAGCGCAGUAACCCCGUUCCUGCACCCGACAAGCAGCUGGCCAGGGACCUCCACCAGCGCAGUAACCCCGCGCCAGCCAACUACAACUCCGUCAGAUAGGACAAGCAGCAAUCCAAUUAUAACUGGAAAGUUAGGAAUAAAUAUUACAGAACAAGUCCACAGGAGCCUUGAUGAGGGUUUGAACCUAUGCGCUGAUGAAGCCUAACCGGGAUUUCACACAAUUCCCCAAUGCAAUUGGGCUCUGUCAACCAGAAGUACUACUACCACUGACGCUCCCACUUCAAUACACAGUGAAUUGUGUAUCGAAGUAGGAGCGUCAGAGGUAGUUCUACUGGCUGACAGAGUGCAAUUGCAUGGGGGAAUCAUGUGAAACUCCAGUUAGACUUCAGUGGAAGCCUCGGUACCCUCGUGGGUGCAGCAACAGUUCAGGUUGCAAUUCUCUUUCCAUGUGGUGGUACAGUUGACUAGCAACCUGUCCUCUUAAAAAUAACGUCGCUUUUGGCCGUUUGCCCGUAUUGCCGAAAGUGGACGUAAUUUGAAAAUGAAAAAAAAUGAAAAUAAA